AUGAACAAUGGGACAAUGGAACAAUGGGUUCAGGAAUGGGAUGUGACAGGACAAGGCGAUCUUGCAGAGAUCUCUCUCGCCUCUAUGCUUGAGGCUGAGAUGUCUUCUAGGGAAGAACCGACUAUUCACCCAGUUCCCGUGUUCAGGCCCCCUCCUCCUGCUGCCCAUGGGCCACUUGAUGAGGGUGUCAUUGAUGUAGGGGCUCUGCCUGACAUCCUUAUGCAGGCAUUGGACGACCUUGGUUGCCUGGCCUCCCCUUCUUGCAUCCCCACUUCCAAGAAGCGCAAGGGUGUCGAUCGCCCGGUCCCACCUCUGCCUCAGAAGAAGAGCAAGGUGGCCUACUCUCGCCCUGGUCUGCCCCCACCGAUCAAUCGCGCUACCAAACCCAAGCCCCAUCCGACGACGUGGGCAGGGAUUGCUUGUCAGGCCGCGCUGAUGCCUCCCCCGCCUCCUGGCUUGGGACUGCAACGUCGUGGGCCUUCUCCUCCACCCUCAUUCCCAAUGGGUCACCUCCAUCAUCCAGCCUAUGAUGGUUUGUUGUUGGUCACCCCCACUGUUGCCAGCCCGUCUGACUUGGACAUCCUGCACAACUUCAUCCGCAAAAGCCUCCCAACGGGUACUCUGUUUGAGGUCGCACUCCCAUCGUCGACAUCUUUCAUAAAGAUACUCGACGUCCCUUACUUUGAUCCGAAAGGGUUGAAGAUCACCCAGGAGGCGCUUGAGAAGGCCCUCCGCACCUCGGUUCAUGCUGAGGUUUUCGCGUAUCUGAGCACCAAGCCUCGGAUUGAUCACAACUCGGAGCACUCAACAUCGUGCACCAUGUACUGCAACAUUUGGGACUCCCAGCAGGGAACCCGUGCCAAGAAGGCCUUAGGCCAACCAAUCUUCCUCGCUGGGCAGUCCUGCGCUAUCAGGCCCGCUGCGCGCCACACCGGGGUCCUGCUAUGCCAGCACUGCUGGAAGUGGGGCCACCCCACUGUCGCCUGCAAGGCAAAACAACUCUCUUGCCCUAUCUGCUCGGGUCCACACGAGCAGAAGGAGCAUCGUCAACAUGCAGGAUGUUGCAAGGGGAACGCGAAAGCGAAGCCCCCUGUGCUGCCCACCCCUUGCGACCAGCCCUGCCCCCGCAAGGGCUGCUGUGUCAAUUGCCACAAUGACCACGCGGCCAACUCAGCAUCGUGCAAGUUCUGGGCCCACCGCUAUGAUCGUGAAUGGAUCAUGAACAAGUAUCGUCAGGAUAGGCGCCUGUAUCUUGACGAGCUCAUCGCAAAAGCGAGGGCCGACCCUUUAACAGUGCUGGCUGCAACUGAUGGCUCUGUCCCUCAGUCCAACCAGUAUCAGGCGGCUUUGGCUGCCAUCAUCUACAAGGGACAUCACAAGCUCGAAAGGACUCGCUAUGUCUCUGGCAGAGUUACUGCUCCAGAUGCAGAACUCAAUGCCAUCUCUUGUGCAGUGCGCCUUGCUGUUAAGCAGGCAAACUGCCAACAUAUUAUGGUCUUUACUGACUCUAUGGGCUCGGCCCAUAGAGCGGUCGACCCCUCCGUGCACUCUGGUCAGGCUUUUAGCUUGUCGGUUUGUCGCGCUCUCCAAGAGUGGUUUGAAGCGGAUGACCUCCGCCGCAUCACCUUUGUCUACAUUCCAUCUGCUCUGCGGUAG